AUGUUAAUGCUGCGAUGUUUCAAAUUCAAUAGGAAUGAGAAAAUUAAGGUACUCCUAUGGGACACCCAUGCUCAACAAGUUGUAGACUACUUAGGGUCUGAAAAUAAAACCGAUGUGGUACUCAUUGUCCAGUUUGUGAAAUGUGGUACAUGGAAUGGUCAAUUGUCCAUCACCACCUCAAAACUUAAUGGCAAAAUCUAUCUCGACACUGAUAUGGAUGUAAUUCGAGAUUUCAAACUCAUGAUGGAUAAUGUUAAUAACCAACAUGACACUGGAAAGUCAUUGUCCCUACUAUCCACAAUGACAUCCUAUGGAACUCUUGAGUCCUUCAUGAAAGAUGCUGAAUUGAUUACUGUUGAUGGCAUCAAGAAUGUUGGGGAGGCUUGUCAUUGUGUUACUAUGGCUUUUCUAAGAUUCAAAGUUCAAACCAUUGUUGUUGAUUCAACUGGAAUUAUGAUCGUAACAAUCUUUGAUAAAGAUAUGUUUCGCCUCAUUGGAAAAAGUGCCUAUCAGUUGAGAGAAAAGUAUGGGAAUGUAGAAACAUUUCCUCCUAAGGUGAUGAGCCUGAUUGGCAAAACCCUACUAUUCAGGGUUUCUGUCAACAAGUUCAAUGUGGUGCAUAAUUCCCACAUGUAUACUGCAGUGCGUGUUGUUGAUGAUGAAAAAUGGCUAAAGAAGUACAAGACAAUUACCAACCCUAAACAGAGAACUAUCUCUUCCAAUGAUGGAGAGGUCCUAGGCUCUCAACCAGAUCCAAACAUGGCAAAUAGUCCACUUGUUCGUACCAGCCUGGUUGAUGAUAAAGAAAAUGAUCCAGAUGUCAACAAAAAAGUGGUCAAUGAUGAACAAUAUAGCACACCAGAGAAAUUUGCGGUUCAUGAUGAAAAGACAAUCCACAAGCCAAGGAAAAUGAGGUUGAUAUGCAAGAGCUUGGAGCACCAAGUGUGGCGUCAACUUUGCCGAAGAGAAAGAGUGUUAUGAAGACAGAGAAAGUGUUCAAGAGAAAGUCUGCAGUGUAGCUGAUCACCAAAUCCACCACUUUUCCUAUGCAUUCUGCAAGUUUAAGCUUUUUUUCAUAGUUCAUUAAGGAUGUUUCUAUGUUUUUGUAUUUUCGUUUCAGACAAAGUUUGAUAUUUGUUUUCUUAAAGACUAUUUCUGUUAGUAUCAUGAAGAUUCAGUCCUUCGUAUGAUAGCAGCUAUGUUUUUUUUUCUUCCUCU